UAACAAUAGUAUUCUCCCCUUUAUGUAAGUUUGCUGCUAAUUAAUUUAAGUGCGCCAAUUGUUUUCACGAAGUAUUUAUCCGUAUUUGCAAAUGAUUUAUCGUAAUUUUCAUAUGAAAGGUAUCAGAAGCCAUUAAUACUGAGAUUGGAAAAAUUUCCAAGUACACAAGGUCAUAUCUGCUGUGUCGAUGGCAUUUUAUUUGACACCACCAUCCGGCAAUAUUGCUCUUCACAAAUUGACAGAGUAUACAGUUACCAGGCUGCAAUUUUUGAGAAGGGUGAUGGAGACAAAUGGACACCAACUAAGCUUGUUAGAUGUAGUGAAAGAAGGGGCCAUGUGUUCUGAUUGCCUUAUUGAGGGCAGCAUCAAAGAUAAGAUAUCACAUUUUAUGCUACGAAUGACCUGUGCGUAUGAUAAAUCAAUGACAGAGUUUUUCAUCACAACUGAAGCAAUUCUUUUUGACUUUAGAUUUUCUUGUAUGAAUUUUGAAGAACUUUGCAGACUUUUCAAAUCCCUAGAUGUUCAUUUAUUAAGAGUGAAACGAAUGAAAAGUGAUGAUUUUCCAUUACUCGCAUAUUCGAAUGAAAUUGUUUCAAAUCUCAACGCUUUUCAAAAUAUUAAAGACCAGUUUGGUAAAUGGAAACACUUUGUCCACAAGUAUUUGGAAGGUGACAACGACUUUUUCUGCCUACCUUUUCAACACGUUUUGCAUCUGGUUGCUAAGAGACACGUAGACCUCCACCAUGGCGUCGCCAGCAUAUCGAUCGGCAAACUGAGAGACGUAGUCGCUGGUUUAUAUCGGAAGAUGCUCGUCGAAUAUAUGACACAAGCUUCGAAGUUCUUGCACACGGAUGAUACGAGAAUCCGUCGAUUAAUACAUUCAAUUAAGGCGUUAUAUAGGAUGAACUGUUGCUUUGACAACACCCCGUCAUUCAGAAAAUUCUUACCGGCCGUUUCUGUCGACGACGUUGUUGUUUCCAUGCCGCCUUGUAUGUCUCACCUGCACAGGACACUGAGGACACAACACCGCCUAUGUCACCAGUCGAGGAUACAGUACAGCCUGUUCUUGAAGGAAGCGGGUAUGCCGGUGAGAGAGGCGCUCGUGUUUUGGCGUGCCGAGUAUUCGCAGCCGCGCGCAUCUAUCGGAAACGGUGGUCACUUGUGGACGGGGAAUGAAGCAAGAUAUACGUACAGCAUACGCCAUUUGUACGGGCUGGAAGGAUCGAGAAUAAACUACAGAGGACAUUCGUGUCAUUCCCUGCAGAAUUCGCCAAGGUGUGUGAGUGAGCAAGGUGGUUGUCCGUUUGCCACAUUUGACCGGGACAAUUUGAAGAAAAUUUUGGAUAUUGAAGGCAUUUAUGAAACGGACGAGAUUUUAGAACAUGCUGCAAAAGGACGCUAUAGCGCGGCAUGCGCUCAUGUAUUUCAGUGGAAGACACGAAAAAUGGACCAGAAACAGUGCCUUCAUGAGAAAACGUAUCAAAGGGAAGAUGGGCUGACUGUUUUGGAGAGUGAAUUGAAAAGCUGCAACAAUGCUUGUGAGUGCAGUGAUAAAUACGAAAACGUACUGGCAGCAAUAACAAGUCCUACAAUUGCAGAAGAUCACCGCGGAGAGACACAAGGCGUCAUGCCAGCUGAACAAAGAACUGUUAAAUUUGAUACACCUGUCCAGUAUUUUGAUGAAUUUCAAAGACUUCUAAAUAGCAUGCAAGACAUAUGUUCAAAUAAAACUGUGAUAUAAAGGU